GACAACAAUAACUUCUAUUUCGUGACCGAGUAUGUGCCUGGAGGUGAGUUGGAUUACCUCAUGCACGACCAGGGUCUGUUCGCAGAGCCUAUUGUGCGUUUCUACGUAGCGGAGAUACUGCUCGCACUUCAGCACAUGCACCAAUUGGGGUAUGCCUACAGGGAUCUAAGGCCAGAGAAUGUGCUGCUAGGUGGCGAUGGACAUAUCAG